GGGCGCGCCGUUGCAAAUGUGGCCACCACCCCCCUCAUCAUGGCGGCAGAAUCCCAAUCCCUAGGAAACCUUCUUGCUUACCACGCGGAUGAUAACAAGGCGAACGCUCCCUCGAUGGUCCUCCAACACCUCCGCCGCCGCUUCCGUAUGCACGCAUCGCGGCUACUGCGACGAGUUCAGCCAUGAGCGAGAUCGUCGACUAUUCGCCCGUGCCGACGCUGGUCGUGUCGCCGUCGUACCGCGUUGAGCGGGCCUCGGCCGGCCUGUUCAAGGCGUGGCGCUGGUCUCGCGAGCAGGUUGUCGGCGAGGACCUCUUUGCCGCUCUCUACCGUGGAUCGCCGACGGAGCGAUUCGACCGUAUACCGCUCGCCUUUGCCAUCGAACGCGCCGUCAAGUCCCGCGCCCUUCGCCUAUGUCAUGCGGCGUAUACAGACGCGGAUGGCGUCGCCUGGACGGCGCGCAUCAUUCCCAUUCACAAGGACGACGACCGCCCGCUGUGGCUCGUCUUCGAGUGGGAAAAGGCCGAGGUGCACAUCACCGCCGCCGACGGCGGCAUCCGUCAGAGCUGGCUGUCCAUUGACGAGGCAUCGCGCAUCCUUGUCGAGGCCGUCAAGGACUAUGCCAUCUUCCUCCUCGACACGCGCGGCAAUGUCAUGACGUGGAAUAUCGGCGCCGAGCUCAACAAGGGCUACACAAAGGACGAGAUCAUCGGAAAGCACUUCUCCAUCUUCUACGGCGAGGAGGACCUCCAGUCCCACAAGCCCGAGCGGGAGCUCGAGAUUUGUCUGCGCGAGGGACGUGUCGAGGACGAGGGCUGGCGCUAUCGCAAGGACGGGAGCCGCUUCUGGGCCAAUGUCAUCAUCACAGCAGUCUACCGAAACGACAUCCACGUCGGCUUCGGCAAGGUCACCCGCAACCUCACGGAACGCAAGGAGGCCGAGAUGCGAGUCAUCGCCGCCUGCGAGGAGAGCACCAAGCUGAAGAACGACUUCUUGGCCAACAUCAGCCACGAGAUCCGCACGCCGAUGCAUGGCAUGCUGUCCGCCUGCUCGCUCCUCCUGGACAGCGAUCUCACCGAGGAGCAGCUCGAGACGGCCAACAUCAUUGAGGAGUCGGGGCGCGUCCUGCUGCAGGUCAUCAACGACAUCCUCGACUACUCCAAGCUAGCGGCCGGUAGCUUCUCCAUAACCAACGACAGGUUCAAUGUAGCCCACCUUGUCACGUCUGUCGUGCGCAGCUUCCAAACGACGGUACAGCCAGGGGUAUCGCUCAGGACGGAUCUGGCCACGGACCUGCCAAAGUGGGCAGGGGGGGACGCCUUGCGCUUUCGCCAGAUUCUCGAAAACAUUGUCGGCAACGCUGGCAAGUUUACCGAAAGAGGCUACAUCAUCGUGCGUGUGUCGCGAGCAGCGCAGGAUGCAACGACAGACACGAUCGUGACCGAGGUUGUCGACACGGGUCAUGGUGUGGGCGACGAGUCCGAAAUUAAGCUCUUCGAACCGUUUACGCAGCUCGACACUACAUAUCAGAAGCGGCGACAGGGGACGGGCCUUGGGUUGUCCAUCGCCAAGUCACUCGUUCAGCUCAUGGGCGGAGACAUUGGAUAUAAGCCUAACCCUGAGGAGUCCGGCAGCAUAUUCUGGUUCACUGUGAAGUUGAGGAGGGUCGAUGGGCUGCAACACAGCAAUGCGCCGCACGAAAGAGAACCGUUGCGACAGCAAAACCUCCAGGGCCCUGAGGUAAACGCACCGUUGGCUAGCCUACGGCGGAUCGCAGCGCAGACACGAAUCCUGGUAGCCGAGGACAACAUCAUAAAUCAAAAGGUGCUGGUGGGCGUAUUGCACGCGUUCGGCCUGCAGAACAUCACUGUGGUCUCGAAUGGCGCCGAAGCCGUCUCGGCACUUGCAGCUUCACCCGAUGCCUUCGAUUUGUGCCUUAUGGACAUCAGCAUGCCCGUCAUGAACGGCUACGAGGCCACGGUGCAGAUACGAAACAGCGGGUCGCGCAUACCCAUCAUUGCCAUGACUGCGUACGCUCUCAAGGGGGACAUGGAACGUUGCCUUGAGAAGGGCGUCAACGAUUACCUGGCCAAGCCCGUCAACCGACAGUUGCUCAUGCACAAGCUGCUCAAGUGGCUCCCCAAGUCAGGCGACGGCGAUGACGGCGUCUUCCAUGGCUGCCACAAAGACGCACAGAAGCCACCAAACGGCGUUCUCCGACAUGCGUAGCCUGCUUCGAGGCGGUAGAGCAUUCGCUUGUUGAAUGAACAUGGACGACGGCCUUGAGGUGUGAGUUUUGUCUGACGGAUGCUAAUUGACAGCUCGGCUCCACUGGCGCAUGGCAUCUUGUGCUACCCUCAUCUUCCUUGUCAUAUACAUACGAAGUAUACCUAUCAACCCCACAGAGCACAAUCGUUGCAACGGUUGCAUUCUUGCGUUGGGGCUCCAUUUGAUGUCGUCCUGGGACAUGCAAAGACUGGGCUGGCAUACAGUACAACAUGAAUCUUGACAGACGGACAGACGCUGGAGUUCGUACCUCGGAAAAAUGACUCGGCCGUUAUCUUGACGUUGUGUGUUCUCUCACGAUUUCUGUAUUGUGCUCGAGCUAUUCACGUCUUGGCAGUAAAGUUCUAUAACAGGAAAAAAAAAACCCUGGUGUUCUAAACAGCACUGAGCACAUGAACCA